AUAGUUAGUGAUAAUAGAAAUCUUUUGCGUGUUACUGUACGUUGUCAGCUAGCCGGUUGUUUCGUCUCAAAGCAAAAUUUAAAAGGUUUUCUUUAAUACGGUAGUGCUAAUCGUUAGGAUGGUCGCCAUUUUGUCCGGAGGUGGCCCGGUUGAGUGAACGGGGCGAAAAUAGUUGCUCCCUGGACACCGAGGAUCAUUGAAAUUACAUAGAUAAUGUAGGUAUAGUUUAUUCAAACAAGGCCUUUAGGGUAUAAUUAUAUUUAAUGUCAGUGAAUGAGUUGGAUGAUUGUUAUUGGUGGUGUGAUUAUCGGACCAAAAGGUAUUGAGACAAUUGGAAUAUAGCAAAGAGCACACAAAAUGACGAUCGCCACAAGAGGCCAAGGAGUAGGCAUAGACCCUCCUGACAGCCAACAAAGUACACAGAUGCACAGUCCACCUGGUCCGCAACAGUUAGCUGACACAAUGUCAGGACUUCAACUCACGGAGAAUGUGGUACAACCAGAUUGCACCAAUGAUACAUUAACUACAGUAGAGGAUAGUAAUCAGCUUCACGGGGAGCCUGAUUUUCCUAUUGCAAAACUGAAUAUGCUUCAUGAAAAAAUAUCUAGUCCACGAUGGGUUGUACCAGUUCUACCAGAUCAAGAGUUAGAGUGCCUGUUACAAGCCAGUAUCGAUCUUUGUAAAAAAGGAAUUGAUGUACAAAGUGAAGCAUGUCAACGCUUUUUUCGUGAAGGACUCACAAUUUCUUUUACCAAAAUAUUGACUGAUGAUGCAGUAAAUAGUUGGAAAUUAAAUAUUCAUAACUGUAUUAAUGCAAAUUGUGAGCGGUUAGUGGAACUAUGUGUCUUGAAAUUAGACGAGGACUGGUUUCCUCUUCUUGAUUUGCUGGCAAUGGUUUUUAAUCCUAGUAACAAAUUUCACACAUUUAAUGCUGCAAGAGUUUCAGAAACUGUUCCCCCUGGCAGUGAUAUUCCCGAUGAAGAACUUUAUGCACGGCCACCUGCUGAUUCAAGAAGUCCUCGUGGUUGGCUAGUGGAUCUUAUAAAUAGGUUUGGAAGUCUUAACGGAUUUGAAAUUCUGCUCUCUAGAUUUCAGAGCGGUCGAAAUUUAACAGUACCAGUUAUUUAUGCGUUGAUUAGACCUUUUGGUUUGUGUUACGAAUUGCUUACUGUUCACACAAUAGUUAAAUAUCUGAUGCCUAUCGUGGAAAUGGUGUCUGUAAUUUUGAAUAAUUUGACCGAUGAGGAAUUAAAAAAGGAAGCGAAAAAUGAAUCAAAAAAUGAUGCGAUAUCAGCCAUAAUCAAAGCCUGCAAAUGUUUGGUAUCACGAGUACCGCAUCAAGAUGAAAUGAUUAAAAAUUUGGGAAUUCUGAGAUUGAAAAUGAUUUUAAGACUUCUACAAAUUUCUUCGUUUAAUGGGAAAAUGAAUGCAUUAAAUGAAGUGAAUAAAGUGAUUACCACUGUUAGUUUUUAUCAGCAUCGAAACGCGAUUGUUGAGGAAGAAGAAUGGCUUACCGCAGAAUGUAUGGCUAAAUGGAUAAAAGAAAAUGGAGUAUUAGAAAUCGUCUUAAGAGAUUCGUUACAUCAACCUCAGUAUGUUGAAAAGUUAGAAAAGAUUUUACGUUUCAUUAUAAAAGAACGAGCAUUAACUUUGGAAGAUUUGGACGCUGUUUGGGCGGCACAAGCUGGAAAACACGAAGCAAUUGUAAAAAAUGUUCAUGACCUACUUGCUAAACUUGCUUGGGAUUUUAGUCCUGAACAACUUGACCAUCUGUUUGAAUGCUUUCAGAUGAGUUGGAAGACUGCUAAUAAAAAACAAAGAGAAAAAUUAUUAGAAUUAAUUCGGAGACUAGCAGAAGACGAUAAGGAUGGAGUAAUGGCACAUAAGGUGUUAACUCUUUUUUGGAAUUUGGCUCAUUCCGAUGAGGUGCCUACAGAAAUAAUGGAUCAAGCUUUAAACGCUCAUGUAAAAAUCCUUGAUUAUUCGUGUUCACAAGAAAGAGAUGCUCAGAAGACAAUUUGGUUGGACAAAUGUGUGGAAGAACUAAAAAAUGGCGAUAAGUGGGCUUUACCUGCGUUAAAACAAAUUCGAGAGAUAUGUUGCCUUUACGAACCAAAUCCACACAUUUCGUGUCACAAUCAACGGAAUCAUCAUUACAGACAAGAUGUUAUAGAACGACUUCAAGCACAACAUUCGGCAGUAAUUUUAGUGACCAAUAGUUUAACAAAUUAUAUGAAUAAAAUGAGACAAUUAGUUAAAGAAAAUCCAGACAUUGAUGCGAAUACUUAUAUGCCCGAUGGUCGUUAUAACCAUAUUAUGCAGGUGCAAGAAAGGCUUAAUUUCUUACGUUUCUUGUUGAAAGAUGGUCAACUUUGGUUAUGCGCCGACCAAGCUGAACAAAUUUGGCAGUGUUUAGCAGAACAAGGUGUAUUUGUCUCCGACCGUGAAGCAUGUUUCAAGUGGUUCUCUAAAUUAAUGGGAGAUGAACCAGAUCUUGAUCCGGCGAUAAAUAAAGAUUUUUUCCAAAAUAAUAUACUCCAACUAGAUCCAACAUUACUCACAGAAAGUGGUAUCAAAUGUUACGAACGAUUUUUCAAAGCUGUUAAUUCGAAGGAGGGUAAAUUAAAACUGAAGAAGGGAACAUUUCUUAUGGAUGACGUUGACCUAAUUGGUACAGAUUACUUGUGGCGAGUCGUAACUAACAGUCCUGAAGAGAUUGCAAAUCGGGCCAUAGAACUAUUAAAAGAAGUAAACACUAAUUUAGGGCCACGACUACAGUCAUCAGUUUUGGCAUUUCAUGUAACAUAUAUUGGGGAAUGCAUGGACAGAUUAAAGGCACAUUAUGACACUGUGUCGGUUUUAAGUAGAGUAUACCUCGAAGGGAAAGAGGAACGUGAAGAACAAGUGUCAAAUAAGAUUAAAAUAGAAGCUAUGAAAAUGUGUCGUGUCAUGAAAGUGUUACAGGAAUACAUAAACGAAUGUGACACUGCAUUUCCAGGAGAACGAAAAAUAUUGCCAUUGCAUAGAGCAGCUCGUGGGAAGCAUCUGUCUCUUAUACUUCGUUUUGCAAAUCCUGCAAAUCGUAGUGUAGAUGACAUAGAUAUAUUUACGCAUACUAACGACACCUUGGGAUCAUUAAGACGACAAAUAUUGCGCAGAAUUAAAGCAAAUGAAUCAAAUGUAAAAAUUGACUUAUUUCUUAAUGGAGAAUCGUUGGAGCCAGCAGAUGACAGAAAACUUCUUUCUCAACCACCCUUCAGGGACAAAAUGCUGUUAUCUGCAAAGUUGGGCCAAGUAAACAGCAAUAUGCCAAGUUCACCAGAUAGUAGUUCAGAUAGUUCCGCGAGUUCUCCGCAUCACCCAUACGAUGGGCCAAAUGUAGAAGCAGAGAAUAAUCUACCGGGUGUGGUUAUGUCCCAAAGAUCGCAAUACGCUACGUUUUUCUUUCAAUUGGCAGAUCUUGGAUGCACUCUUCAACACGCGCAAUUACGUGACGGUGCACGAAAUCUUCUACAAUUGGUGCCACCGGAUACUCUCACUGUAUCACGGUUACAGUGGUUAUUUGGUCAUUGUAAAGAUGACACCUUGGAUAAUGCUCUUUGUAAUGAUCAAAACACUACAGUAGAUGCUUUAUUUUUUACUGCAAGUCCUAGCCAAGUUUUAUACAAUUUAGAGGUUUUAUAUAGUUUGUUAAUGCCAGCAUUAGACCCGAUGUCGGAAAGAGCGUUUGAAUUUCAGUGCAAUUUUAUCAAGAGCGGUGAAGCUGGUGUUAUUCUGGAGAUGUUAACGAAAAAUAAAUUUUUACCAAACGCGGAUGAAACCACGAAACGUGCAGCGUAUUUGACCGUGUUGAAAUUAUGCAAACUUUUACUUACGAUAGUUGGCAACGUAAUGGCUUGCGUAAUGGAUGAAGUACAACAAGCUGGAAUAUCUGAGAAUCACGAUAACCAUACUCAUAACAAUCGUGGUCCGGUGGCAGUUUUAAAACAGGCAUUACAAAGUGUACCAAAUCAAAACACGGAAUAUAUGUUGAGAAGCGUCGCAGCGAAAUUAGCUCAACAUUUAGCGCGUCGAAUGUUGUGCGGAGGAACGGAAUCAGACAAAUGUCGGCAUCUUUUUAUGCAGGCCCUUUCCUGGGAGCUACCGAAUGUAGCUACUAUUCGUGCCAUAAUUAGGCUAGCAUGGGCGGCAUCCACAGGCAAUUUGAACAACAUAAACGCGUCCGCCGAGACGCUUCACGUGCUUCACGAGACAAAGGAAAAGGAAACGUCAAAUAAUCCGGACAAUAAUGACGUACUAGUGUGUAAGGAGGCACUGGAAAUUUUGACAAUCGCCUUGGUAUUGAAUCCGACCGCGUUAGAAUCAUUAUCAAGGGACAAUAUGUGGCACACGUUUUUGAUAGACCUUGUACUUCUAAGUACGUCGAGAGUGAUUCGAAUGGCCGCGGCUGAACAAUUUUUUUUUAUAUCGACGUGGUAUAGCAAUGGUCAUCAGCCACUGUUAUUUGCAAUAACGUUGCUAUUCAAUGUUCUAAACACCACUGUUAUGGAACACGCGAAACAGAGUCACGAGUACUUUCAACUUUUGUGUAGAUUAUUAAAUUAUGCACACAUGUCCGGAUGCCCACUUUUAACAGCCGAAACAUUGCUGAACAUCGAGAUAGCUUGGUUGAAGAAAGUGCGAGACAACGUUAAAGAAACUGGAGAAAGUCAAGUUGACGAGGCUGUCCUCGAAGGGCAUCUUGGUCUUACUAAAGAGCUAUUGGCUUUUUUACCUCCGAGUAAAAAGUAUGAACUUGGUUCCGAUGAGAAACACGGGGCAAAUUUAAUCAAAGAAUUGGUCGAAGAUUUUGUAUUUCCUGCAUCGCGUCUUAUGCUGCAACUACGUAGCACUGGAGAGCUAAGUGCCACGCAAGCGAGCCCAGUAUGCACGACUCCUCAAUCAACUAGUGCGGCAUUUGAUUUACUUGUAGGUCUUUGUGUAGGCUGUGUACCUAACAUGAAACUUCUAGUCACAAUGCUCACUGAUAUGUUCUACUCUGAGAGAGACGAACCGCUGGUAGAAUGGGAUUAUUUACCACCGGUUGGGCUUAGGCCAUUAAAAGGGUUUGUAGGUCUGAAAAAUGCAGGCGCGACUUGCUACAUGAACUCAGUAUUACAACAAUUGUACAUGGUUGAAAGUAUAAGAAUCGGGCUACUAGCCGCGGAAGGUGCAGCGACAGAUUUAAACGAGGAUUUCUCUGGCGAGGAAAGAAUCGAAGGUGAACAAACGAUAGAGGCGAACGACAACGAUACAAACGAGGAGAAAUGCGGAGCGGAUGAGUCUAGAAAAGAGUAUAAUAUUGGUAUUUUGAAACAAGUUCAAGCAAUCUUUGGUCAUUUAGCUUAUAGCAAAUUGCAAUAUUACAUACCCAGAGGACUUUGGAAACAUUUUAAACUUCAAGGCGAACCUGUAAAUCUUAGAGAGCAACAGGAUGCGGUAGAAUUUUUUAUGAGCUUGGUGGAAAGCUUAGAUGAGGCAUUGAAAGCCUUAGGGCAUGAACAGAUAAUGAGCAAAAUUCUCGGUGGUUCAUAUAGUGACCAGAAAAUCUGCAAAGGUUGCCCUCAUAGAUAUUCCAAGGAAGAGCCGUUCAGUUUGAUAAGUGUGGAUAUCAGAAAUCACAGCAACUUACUGGAUUCUCUUGAACAAUAUGUGAAAGGAGAAUUGCUGGAAGGCGCAGACGCUUAUCAUUGCGACAAAUGUAAUAAAAAGGUUGUGACGGUAAAGCGAUUAUGUGUAAAGAAGUUACCACCUGUUUUAGCGAUACAAUUAAAAAGAUUCGAAUACGAUUACGAAAGAGUUUGUGCUAUAAAAUUUAAUGAUUACUUUGAAUUUCCAAGAGAUUUGGAUAUGGAACCUUAUACUGUUUCGGGACUUGCUAAAUUGGAGGGAGAAGUUAUAGACUGUGAUUAUGAAGAAUCAGUGAAAGGAACUUGUACUAAAUAUCAAUUAACUGGUAUUGUAGUACACAGUGGUCAAGCUAGCGGUGGUCAUUACUAUUCUUAUAUUUUGCAUAGGCAAAGUGAUGGCACUGCUAAAUGGUACAAGUUCGAUGACGGCGAUGUUACGGAAUGUAAAAUGGAAGAAGAGGAAGAAAUGAAGUCUCAGUGUUUCGGUGGUGAUUAUUUAGGAGAAGUAUUUGACCACAUGCUCAAACGAAUGAGUUACCGCAAACAGAAACGAUGGUGGAAUGCUUAUAUGUUGUUUUAUACCAGAUUAGAUGUAGAGGAUAAUUCCCUAAUGAAAAGUGUUAACGAGUUAUCAUUGUAUACGAAACUAGGAGUUAUGAAAAUGCCCCCAGCUAUCGAAUACAGUGUCAGAAAGCAGAACAUAAAGUUUAUGCAUAAUCGAAAUCAAUUUAGCGCAGAAUACUUUCAAUUUAUCAAGAAACUUGUAUCUUGUAAUCCUCAUAAUAUUAACAGACAAAAUAUGAACGAGAAACUUAGCCCUGAACAAGAAGAACUCGCGAUGCUGUCUGUACAAUUGUCGUCGAGAUUUCUAUUCUACACGGGUUUCCAUACUAAAAAGACAUUGCGUGGUAAUGCAACGGAUUGGUACGAUAUUGUGUGCCAUCAUUUGCGCAGUAGUAAAUCAGUACGGUCUUGGUUUGCUCAUAACGUCUUAUUUAAUCAUCCGCAUAGAUUUUGCGAGUACCUUUUGAGCUGUCCCAGUACAGAAGUUCGAACAGCUUUUCUCAAAAUUUUGGUAUUUCUUGCACACGUUUCCCUGCAGGAUGGCCCAUGUGUGCCGCCUAGUCUAAACGCACCAACCAUACUUUUGGAUCCAACUGCCACGCUUAGUGAUCAUUUAUUGCACGCUGUUCUUUCUUUACUUCACCGUGAAAUAUCAGAUCAUGGCCGUCAUCUAUCACAUUAUUUCUCUGUGUUCCACACGUACGCGUCGCUUGGUCUUGCCGAAAAGGCUCAAUUGCUUAAGUUAAAUGUUCCGGUUACGUUUAUGUUGGUCGCAAUUGACGAAGGACCCGGCCCUACAAUAAAGUAUCACUAUCCCGAGCUAACUAAAUUGCAUCAAGUAGUUAGUAUGCUGAUACGUUGCUGUGACGUAUCAUCGAAAGCACAUUCGAGUCAUGCACAGUCAGGAGUAGCGCCUUUACCAAAUCCAUAUGGUGACCCAGCAUGUCAAAACGAAUAUCUGAUGCCUAUCCAACCGCUGGCAGCAGAUAUUCUUUUUGUUAAAAACAGUUACAUGAAGAAACUAAUUGAAGACGCUGAUGUUAACGUUACCGAGGACAUAGUGAAAUUACUUCAAUAUUGUUGUUGGGAAAAUCCACAGUUAUCACGAACUGUUCUCAGUGAAUUAUUAUGGCAAAUUGGAUACGCUUUUACUCACGAGUUGAAACAUCAUACGGAUUUACUACUCGCCAUGCUUCUAAUGGAAGAUUCGUGGCAGACGCAUCGUGUUCACAAUGCACUUAAAGGCGUUCCAGAAGAGAGAGAAGGUUUAUUCGAAAUAAUACAGAGAAGUAAACAUCAUUACCAAAAAAGAGCCUAUCAAUGCAUUAAAUGCAUGGUGCAGUUGUUUAACAAGUGCAGACUUGCACACGAACUUCUGCAUCACAGCCCUGAAUUGAAGAGGAAAUGGAUACAUGCCAUUGAGUGGCUUCACGAAGAACUCAAGAGACCAUAUGCAUCAACGGCUCCAUAUACUCAUGCGUAUAGCAACUGGUCUCCCCCAGCUCAGUCUAAUGAUUCCACGAAUGGAUACAUUUUGGAGCGUAGUAACAGCGCGAAGAAAACAUUAGAGAGGGCAUUUGAACUUUAUCCCGACGAUGAACAAGAAAUGGAAGAGGAUACGAGCGAAGAUUGUGCCGAGGAAGCUGAUAAAGCUGAGAAAGUCGAGAAAUAUCAAUCACAAAAAGGAUCGAGACGUAAUUUAAUAUGGGGAUCUAUAGGUUAUCCUGACGUUACUGUAAUACAACAAGUGCAAGAGGAACAACAAGUUCGAACUCAGCCUAGACCGUCCCCGGUUCACAGCCCUCUAUUCACCCAGGUCACGUUCUUUCCACAAGCUCCUGACUUAGAUAGUCCACAGAACUGUGAGUCAUCGCAAAAUACCAGCCAGGAUCCAUAAUGAACGCUACAUACUGACGUUCUACCAAGUUGCUGCCCCGGUGAAAACGUUUCAAUGUACGUCGAUGUCACUGCGCCAGCAGCUUGGUGUCGAACGAUUGAGACAUCUGUACAGAUAAAACUCGCAGAUUUGUUCUUUUUUUUUUUGCAACUGGUAUUCACGAACUUGCAUUUUCAAUCUGUCAGUUUUACCGUGGACAGUUACUUUCGUAAGUGAUACGAGUGGUAUAGCCAUUUGCACCAUUGAGAAAAAAAAAGAACGAUGUUAAAACAACAACAGGCGAUUACUAAAUAAGAACAGAAUUUCUAUGUAUUGAUCGAGGCAAGCAAUUCAUGUCACGGUUUCUUCUUACUCCUAACGUUCGUGCAUUCUUUGUUUUAUUAUUAUUAUUAUUAUUAUAUUAUUAUUAUUAUUAUUAUUAUUCUCUUUUUGCAUCUAUAUAAUUAUUUGGGCUUUCGAAUUUGAAGAAGGACGUUUUGGUAAGAAGAGAAUCCUUUGAAGAAACGCUAAGAAUAUUACUUGCCCCGAUUAAAGCAUACGAAUUCGAGUGUAAGAAUACGAUAAGAUUGUAAAAAUGUAUAGCGAAUAGUGUUAUGGAAUCCCGUCUCUGCCGAAUGGAAAACAAAGGUAUAAAAAGAAAAAAAAAGAACAUAAUUCCCGUAUGUCUAUGUAAAUUUGUUACUAAUAAAAAGUUAAAAAAUGAAACUUUCUAACAACCGACAGAUAAGGCUAUAAAGAAAAGAAAAAUAAUAAUACAGUAGCUUCAGAUUGAAUUGGAAAAUAAAUAGUUCAAAUAUUUACUAUGCAUCUAUGAAUAUGACUAUUUUAGUCUUUCAAGACGAAUGAAACGAAAAGAAUUUUUUUCUUGUACUUAAUCUCGAGCAUCAAAACGAAAAAAAAAAGAAAAAAAGAAAGAAAAAGAAGAAGAAUCGCUUCUUUAUGCAGUGAUUUGCACUGUUUAAGGAUUCAACAUACACCAAUGAUGCCUCCCAUUGUGCUUUCUUUUAGUUCAUCCAAUUUGAGAGAGAAAAAGAAAAGAGUUGUGCCUUCGAUAUCGUGCGACUCCGUUUAUAAUUUUUAGGUAGAUGUUUAGGAAUCUUGUUGCUUCGAAUUUGAUUGCUUAUAGGUCUUUUCUGUUACGUUUUGAUUAUUCGUGAGAAACUGUAAGAAAGAAUUUGAUAAAAUUACGCGAGAUCCAAGUACGUGGUGCAGAGUCAUUUAAAAAGAAAUUACGAAUAGAAAACACUCCAGCUAACGACGGGAUAUUUCUAAGUUUAAUAUGCGGCAGAUGGUCAGGAUAGUCAGCCCUAUUUUUUUUUUUCCUUCAAGUAAUAAGGAGUCGCGGUGCCGCGAGAAAGAAAAUAAGCCUUGUUCGAAGUCCAAAUUUUUACAAAAGAGAAAAAUAAAUAAAAGGAAUUGAAGAAAGCGUGACGGUAGCGACACAAAAGGGUAUGGAAACAAAAAAAAAAAAAUAAUAAUCACUAAUUUGUAUCGUUCUAAGAUACGAUCAAUCGUUGAAAUAAAAAGAGCUGUGGUCUUUUCGCCUGUAAUGUGUAAAGUAAUUCAUAAUUUUCAGUGUCGGUAAGAAAGGAACUAUUUUUAUUAGUUGUGCUGCUCGUUCUACGAGUAUAAAAGAAGAAAUACGAGAAUUAACGAACAGGAAACCGAACGAACCAUUCUUUUUUUUUUUUUUUUUUAAAUUUAUGAACUGGCCAUAGCUUUUGAUUUAUUAAAUAACAUGUGUUAUAUAUAUAGAUAUUAUAUAAAUAAUACUAAAGAGAGGAGUAAAGAGAGAAAUAAAGAAGUCACGUAAAUAAAUGGAGAAUGCGAAGCGAACCGUGUGUGUAUACAUAUAGGAAUUCGUGGGGGAAAAAAAAGUAAUGAGAAAAAACCAACGACUAUGUCAAGACACCAGGAAGUAAACGACAUAUUGAUUAUUGUUCGUAUUUAUCAAAUAUCCACGUUAAACAGUGUACCAAAUUAUAUAAUAGCUACUCUAUCGAUUAAAAUAAUAAUAAUAUUAAUAAUAAUAAUAAUGGUACCUAAUCUUACUCAGACAUGUACAUACGCAACUGCUUUUUAUAUGUGAUAAAAAAAAAAAACGUUAUUAUAUUCCUAUUAUACAUUGAGGUUAGUAAACGCUAUUGUAAAUCCUGGUUUUUUGUACACAGACUGUAUGCUAAGUUCUAAUUCUUUUGUUAACGGAAGAGAAUUGUAGUCUAUAAUUAUUUAAUAAUUUAAUUAUAUCGGUAAAAAAAGUAAGCGUAAAACACGUCUUGUAUGAUAUACAUAUAUAUGAACAACUUGAUUACUUUCAAAAAAUCAAUAUCACAUUUUAACCCAUUAAUUCCCAAAUAUCGAAAAUAUAUUAUUUUCAAGAUAGACGUUCUAUUAACAGGCAGAGCUGUCUAACGAUAAGAGUUAUAGGGGUCUGAGGCAGAUAUCAAUAUUCUUGAAAAUAUUUAAUCAGAAAUCUUGAAAUCUAUUCUAAUAAACCUAUUAAGUAACUAUUGAUACGUAACACGCGUAAUCUUAUAUUUCUCAUUUAUUGUAAAGUUUUAUGAUAAAUAUAGCAGAGCGUAAAACGGCUUUUCAAAAGAAAAAUUUGUUAUUAAUAAAUGUGAAAUUUAUUUUUCGAUAAAUAAAAUAUUAUAGUAGAAUUGUAAAAGGUUCAGCCGUUUUAAAAAUCCUUAUUUUUCAGAAUAAUAUACUAUUACAAUAUUUAAGAGAUAAUCUCUAACCGCGGACCGUAACUGCCCGGUUGCCCUAUGUUAGGGGCAGCUCUGUUAACACGUUAACUGCCGCUCACGCGACAUCGCGUGCGCGAUCGUCGACAUUAAGGCAAAUAAAUAUUUAUUUAUAAUACUAAAAUAAAAAUUUAUGAAACUGGUUAUUAAUGGGUUAAGUGGUCGAACUUCGAAUGUUUUGUGUCCAUGUAUCUGAUUGCUAUAGCGUUCGUGUAUUAUUAUUAUUUUUUUCUUCUAUUCUUUUCUCUCGUUUCCUAUUUUUUCGUUUAUUCUUUCGAACGACCGAUGAUGAUGGAAGGUAUACAUAUAUAGAAGAGGACACGAAAUGUCACACAGCCAGCACAUGGUUCUAAUCGAACGAUAUAAAACAAAACUAUUCUUCGAAUUAUCGUGAUUUCAUCGAACUUGUCGCGUGCACUAUACCAAUUAUGCUAUCACGAAUAUGUGUGCUAUAAAGUGACGGAUCCACGAGAGUCGAUCAACAUCCGCAGCCAUCUUCAUUGGGGCGAUAAUAGCAAAAUUCAAACGCGCUCGAUUUUUGUAAUAAAUUAACAACCAAAAAGCGUCUCUUUUUGCGAAGAGCAUCUGAAAGAAAAUAUUUACGAAAAAAGAAAAAAAGAAAAGAACAACGAGGAAUCAAGGAACAUCACGAGUCAAAAAUCAAAGGCAAAUGCAUGUGAGGAAGGAAAUAAAAGUAUAUCUACAGCUGUACAGUUUAAUAUGCUUAGAAAAGCGAUGCGAGAAAAUUAGGAAAAGAAAAAAAUAUAUAAUUCGAAUCUUACGCGGUGAACUUUCUCGAAACGUGAAAAAAAAGAGGCACCCCCUCGUCGAUGUUCGUUUAGUUUUUAGUUGUAAACGGUAAUUUUAUGUACUAACUCGAUCGACGCUCUAGUCAGUAAAAUAAAAUAAAGGAGAUUAAUGAACCUCGUUCGAUUUAGUAGCGUAUCUCUCGAAAGUUCUCUCUCUUUCUCUCUCUUUUUUUUUUUUUUUAAACAACGAUCCUUUGUUUCUAUCGCAAAUAAGAAAGUAUCGAAUGCAAUUGAAAAUUGACGUUUCUGUAACAAAAUUUUCCAACGAAAUUAAUAACUUAAUAUUUCGCAGCAAAAACAUACACGUGCGAUAUCGAAAUACCCUUGACGCCGUUAUUCGACCACUUUUUCUUUAAUGUUUCAACGUAAUCUUGACCUUUUCGUACAGAUAUUUCAUUUUUUUUUUAUCAAAUCGGUCGUUUAUAGAUUAAAAUCAUCAGAUUAACAAUUUACUAUAGUAUCGUAAAACCUUGAAAAUGAGAUUACACUUUUCCCUAUGUUAUUUCGAAGUCUAAUUAAGGAAUACCUUUUUUCCGUUUGAUGAAAUGUUCUUAAAAGAUUUGUCGUUUAUGAUUGUAAUUUUUGUAAGAAAUGAGCAAUUUUCACCGCAACGAUCAGCCUGUUAACGAAGCGAACGGUUUCAUUUCCUCGAUGAUGUCGCGUUGGAGAAUCAAUGGAAUCGCGUCAUUCGUCGACGUCAAAAUGAUGAAAGAGCCGUGAUUGCAAGGAAACUUAGUUCUUAGAUAAGAAAGAGUUAUGUAAAGCUGAGAGAAACCGUGGCUCCGAUGUCUGGAAAAAUUUUCUAUCUACCACUCGUCCAACGAAUGUCCAUCGAACUUGAUAAAAGAAAUAAUAAUAAUAAAAAAAGAAAGGAGAAACGAUUACAAAUUUCGCCAGACAUUUCUAAAAGUUAUUGAUAUCAAGCCAAUCGGACUUUCUAGCUGAAAGAUCCUGUAAAAAUUGUGUAUAUCUGUUGUUCUUUGCUGUUUGUGAAUUUUUGUUUGUUGCGUAAUAGAAUUGGUAUCUUUUAAUUUAUUUAUUAUUUUUUUUUUAAUACACGGUUAUUAUCGUUUGGUUGAGUUCAAGAGCGAGAGCAAGAGAGACAAAUGUUUUGCAACGAGACUCUGCAAUUACUUAUAUCGUAUGAUAUACAAGUUCAACAGACAGUGCGACGACCAUAAAUGCGUCGAAUUUCAAAGAGAAUCAUUUGUAACAAACCUAUUAUAAAAUUGAUCACUUUCUCUGUAUUUGAAACAAAAAUAAACCGUAUCCGCAUCUCGCUUCGAGACACGAAAGAAAAUUGGAAUGUCGAGUGGAAAGUACACAAAGUAGAUAAAUUUUUUUUUUAUCAUAUGAAUUUGUAAGAAUCAAAAUUGCUUUAUUUUUCUCUAAGGACAAUCGAGUCAAGGAGAGGACAGUAUUGUAUAUCACCGAAAUAGUCAUAGAUCAUUUAAUUUUUUGCUGUCCUAUAUUAGGACGAAUCCAAGUAACAAGUUUCUUGAUAACGAUGUUUUCUUACCUGGACCUCGGGAAGAAGAAAUUUUAAACAAAUAUUCUUCUUCCUUUUUUUUUACUAGCUACGAGUGGCAAGAUAAUAUUCGCAGGACGAAUAUAUUUAAAAGAAUGUUCUUCGAGGCUGCUUUCAGUAUGUUACCGUAUGUAUUUCAAGGAGCUGCGUCGUGAAUUGAAAAAGAAAGAAAGAUUGAGGUUAGUCCAAUAUUCUAAACGUAGACGAGUCAACCAACGACGCAGCUUCUUCCACUGUUCACGAGAUAAUAAAUAUCACGAACACUGUGUACGUGUGGUAUGUGUGUUUUUUGCUGUAACACUGUCGUCAUUGUUCACUUGCAUUCGCCUAUGGUUCUUAUAUUACCACCCAGGACGCACCGCACGCGUCCUAUGCUGAUACAAUACACGACGCACCGUGUGCGUCCUAUGCUGAUACCCAACACGACGCACCAUUCGCGUCCUGCGAGAAAACCGACAUUAGUCAACAAUUAAAAAGAUAAGAUCGUACGAAAGUAAAAAUGUGUGAAAAUUGAAAUUGACAUUGAAAUUACACGUAUGAAUAACCAGAAGAAAUGAAAUGUAUGUACCGACUCCUGUGGAUCUUAUCAGAUCUCUUAAGCCGGUCGAGAUCCGUGCUUUUUCCUACCUGAACAACGCCUGAAACAGGACGAUCUAGCUAGUUCUUGGUCGCGUGCUGUUAAAAUUGCUUUCAUAUCGGGCCGAGAUAAAUCACCGUGCGUUGAUACCCUUGAACUCAUGGUGCUUCAACAGAUUGUGCCUCGCUGCUUAGAGACACGGCUUAACCGAGCCUUUCUCGUUAUUCAUCCGUUCGAAGCGUGAAACGAUUGCGAAUAGAUCGAUGGAUGAUAACGAUCUCUUGAGUCAGCCCGUCGUUCCCUUAUCUAAUUACAACAGAAGUCUGCGAACUUCGAACUUCUCCGUCUCCCCUCCUCCUCCCCCCCCCCGAAAUUGCAGAACAAUCGCGUUCGUUAAAGACGAAGUUCAAGUUUCGCGCGUGGUUACGUUCUCCUCACGAGAUCAUCGUACGAUGAAGGGUAACCUUAAGGAUACGCGUCAGAUAUUUUCCUACGACACUCGUUUGGGGAAAAUUGUAGGGGCUCGAGAAGGAUGAUUAAAAAGAAUUUCUUUGCGUCGAUUUAUCGAUGGCUGGAAGAGUCAUUCUCGGAUUUUAACCUUUUCGUCACUAAGAAUGGAAAAAUUAUUUAAUUUAAUACGUUCGCUGUGGAUCCGCGUUACACUCACUUAAUAUUAUUAAUAUUAAUAUUAUUUCUACUUAUUUCCUUCGCCCGAUGAACGUUGGGCCAUCAAUUCCCAGCGAAUGUGUUAAUAUUAUUUUUAUUUACGUAUUUCAAUUUGAUAUAUCAACUAUAGCUACAAUGAAAGGGUUAAAUUUGUGAAUAAUUUCCUUUGAAUAUAAAACUCAAUGAUUCUUCCAUCCUUCUGUCGAGGUAAUGAAAUGACAGCUCAAAUGAAAAUACGUAUAUCGAAAAAGAGAUUUCGAAAUUCCCGAAAGGGUGCAGAGAAAGAGAGAGAGAGAGAGAGAGAGAGAGAGAGAGAGGAUGCGAUUAGACGUAACCGAGAAAGAAUGUUUUAAAGAGAAAAAGAAAAAAAAAAAGAAUCGAAGCUAAGCGAUCACGUGGUUUUUAAAUCGGCGCAUUUACGAGAGCAUUUUACUUAUUCGAACAAGUUAAACCGAGUCUGUGAUCCCGUUUGAUGCGAAUUAAAGGGGAAUAGAAUCGAUGCGCCCCUUAUAUAUUUAUGGUCCCUCGCAGACGUUCAAUGAUAUAAAUAUUAAUUAAGAUUGUAUAUUAUCGAGUCGAUGGCGUUGAUCGAUGGUGUUUCCCGAAAAUAAGGGGUCGCAGACUUUGGUUCGCCAUUUGGGGCCCCGAUUACCUAAUUUUUUUUUUCUUUUCUCUUUCGAUCGAGCGACUAUUCACCUCGUGCGUCUUCGGCGUGAAAAUGCUUCGUCGCCCCCUGAGAAUUUUUUGUGUAUUAUUUCUAACAGAAAUGUAAUAAAGUACGGUUUAAACAGA